UGCGCAUGCGCAGUUCUGCUCCAAAACAUGGCGACAGAGAGCUUCGAAAAGUGCUGAAUUCUCGCCACAUUUCGACAAAAUCGCGAAGGUUUGGAUUGAGAUCUCUUGUGUAUCUCACUAGUUCUUGCAGUAGCUGAUGGUCAGUAUGGGCCGAACGGCACUGAAAGAUCAGAAAGACGGUAAGAAAGAUAAGACAGGCAGAAGUAUGUCUCUAACGGGUCCUGGACCAGUCAAAGCGGUUGAUUCAUUCUCAUGGGAGGAGUAUUUAAAGGAGACGUCUGCUAUUCCCGCCCCUCCCAGCUGCUUCAGACAGUCUCGAAUUCCUCCGUCUAACGAUUUCAAGGCUGGAAUGAAGCUUGAAGCUCGGGACCCUCGUAACUCCACCUCCACCUGUAUCGCCACGGUGAUGGGCAUGAUGGGCGUGAGGCUCCGCCUGCGGCUGGACGGCAGCGACAACACCAAUGACUUCUGGCGAUUGGUCGACUCCGCCGACAUCCAGCCAAUCGGAACCUGCGAGAAGAACGGAGACAUGCUGCAGCCGCCACUGGGCUUCAGGAUGAACGCCUCGUCGUGGCCCAUGUUCCUCCUCCGGACUCUGAACGGAGCUGAAAUGGCUCCCGCAACAGCGUUUAAAAUGGAGCCCCUGCGUGCCCCUCAGAACGGCUUCAAGCCCGGCAUGAAGUUAGAAGCUGUGGACAAGAAGAAUCCGUACCUGAUCUGUCCGGCCACCAUCGGUGAGGUGAAGGGCGACGAGGUCUUCGUGAUGUUCGACGGCUGGAGGGGGGCGUUUGACUACUGGUGUCGGUACGACUCGAGGGACAUCUUUCCUGUGGGCUGGUGCGGUGUGACCAAACACAGCCUGCAGCCGCCCGGCAACAGCAUCACCAUCCCGAAGUCUCUUCCUGCACCAUCCUCUUCCUUCUCAAACUCCAAACCGGCGCGGCGCGUCAUGCAUUCUCCGUACCGACUGUCCAUGCCUCUCCCUCAGCUCCCCGUGCGGAAGGGCAUCAGGGGACGCCGGCCCAAGAGCGAGACCAUCGCGCUUCUGAAAGCCCUCGCGGCAUCCACCGCCUCCCAGGACACCGACGCAUUGGUUGGCGUCACGCCCGUCGCCCAGCUCGCCCCUCGCCCGUACAAGAAGAGAGGACCCAAACCGGGCAGCAAGAGGAAGGCCAGAAUGUUUCCCAGCUCGAUGUGUAUAGCAGCGACGUCAGACUCCAGGGUGCCCACGUCUCAGAUGCCCACCGAUGGCCCGGUGGGUUCCCCCUCAUCCGUGGUUUCCACCGUGUGUGUGUAUGUGAACAAACACGGGAACUGCGGCCCGCAUUUGGACCGUAAGCAGGUUCAGAGACUCCCGGACCACUUCGGGCCGGAGGCGGCGAAUCUGGUUCUCCAGCAGACGGUCCAGGCCUGUCUGGACUGCGCGUACCAGCCCAAAGUGCUUCUGGGAUGCCUGCAGAGUCAAGGAGGAGGAGGAGAGGUGGUCAGAGUGCGCACAGAUGGAGGAACGCGGCUGGUGAAACUUCCAUCAGCGUCCAGCGCCGCAUUCGUCUUGCGUUUUCUGGAGCUGGUGUGUCGACACCUGCAGUGUGAUAAUCUGUUCAGCAGUCAACCCUUCAGUCCACACAACACCUACGAGCGCGCCAAAUCAGUUAAAGAGGAGCUGCUGUCAGACGCUGCGUGUCUGAACAGAGGAGUGAAGCGGAUCUCCAGAGAUUCUCCUCCGUACUGCGCUCCUCUGUCUCCAAAGCUCCUGCACACAGACACACAUCCAUCAGAAGCUGGGACUCUUCCCCCAGAGGAAAAUGGAUUAGUGAAGGAACAGAGUUUCAUGGACUCCGCCUCCAAUUCCAUGACGCCCCGCCUCCAGACCUUGAGAAGCACCUCGGAAUAUCAGUCGCCACCCACCAGCCCAUAUUACCAUGGCAACGGGCCACCCCUGCGACGACAGGCCUCCAACCCCCCAACACAGACACACAGACGAGUAGAGGCAGCCAGCUCUACCACAGGUCCUGAUGCUGGAGGUGAUCGUGACGCUUCGAGGGCUCCGGGCAGAGCUCCGUCCUCCUGGUCUAUAGAGGAAGUGAUGCAGUUUGUGCGAGACGCAGACCCCACAGCUCUGGCCCCGCACGCCGAACUCUUCCGCAAACACGAGAUCGAUGGGAAAGCCCUGAUGUUACUGCGCAGCGACAUGGUGAUGAAGUACAUGGGUCUGAAACUCGGACCUGCGCUCAAACUCUGCCAUCACAUCGAGAGACUCAAGCAAGGCAAACAGUGAC